AUGAAUUUUGGAUCAAAAUGGCGAUCAUGGAUCAAGGGUUAUUUGGAGUCAGCUAGAGCUUCGAUUAUCAUCAAUGGUAGCCCCACUAAGGAGUUCGAAAUGUCAAAGGGGGUAAGGCAAGGGGAUCCGUUAUCCCCUUUCCUGUUCAUAAUUGCAAUGGAGGAGUUAAAUAUCACAAUGAAGUCAACAGUUUUAAAAGGUGUAUUUGAUAGGAUUUGCAUUCCAGAUUCUAGUAUGUGUGUGUCCCACCUCCUAUAUGCAGAUGAUGCAUUCUUCUUUGGGGAGUGGUCGAAAAAGAAUGUUAAUAACAUGGUGAGGAUCCUUAGAUGUUUCUAUGUAUCUUCCGGCCUGAGGGUCAACUUCAAUAAAUCCAAAGUUUAUGGUAUUGGAAUUUCAGAUCAAGAAGCGGUCAAUUGGGCAAGUCCGUUAGGAUACGAACCUACAUCACUCCCAUUCACUGACCUUGGGGUCCCAAUUGGGUUGAAUAUGAACUGUAUGGCCUCAUGGAGUCCAAUUAUGGAAAAACUUAAAGGUAAGUUAUCGAUUUGGACUGCAAAAACACUCAGUUUUGGUGGACGAGUCACACUCGCAAAAGCAGAGAAGAUUAUGGCUCCAAAGAAGGUGGGAGGUCUUGGUUUGGGAUCAAUCCAUUCGUUGAACCUUGCAUUACUUACCAAAUGGUUGUGGCAUUUGAAAAAUGAACCCAACUCCCUAUGGGUUAAGAUCAUCAGGGGGCUCCACAACUUGAAUGAAGAACAAUUUUGUACAAAUCUAAAGAGUCGAUGGAGUGGCGUCUGGAGGAGUAUUGUCAAAUGCAAAGCCAUUUUGAACAGAAUUAACAUUCCAUUCGAGGAGGUAAUGAAACCAGGAGAAUCAAGCUUGGGGUGGGUAUCUCCAUUUGUCGUGGACGAGGAAUUUUGUGUGGCUCUCCUUCAUGAAAGAAUUGAAAGGGCAACCUUCCCUGUUUGCGACGGAUUUUUCCGAUGGUUAAAAAUGAUUCCACUGAAAGUUUUGGGUUUUAUAUGGCGGGCUAAGAAGAACAAGAUAGCAUCGGCUGGAGCUCUCCGGAAUAGGGGUAUUGAAAUGACCUCGACCCUGUGUGGAGUUUGUCAAGAGACAGGCGAUCAUAUCCUAGUCUCGUGUUCACUAGCAAAAGGUAUAUUACACUCAAUUCUUAAAUGGUGUAACGUUCAAGUGACAGGGUUCCACACGGUCACUAACAUCAUUGACUUCGCCUCCAAAUGGGGGAACUGUCCCAAAAGAAAAAACAUUAAUUACGAUCUUGUGUGGUGCUUUUUUGGUGUUUAUAGAGGGCUAGAAAUGAAAGAAUUUUUAACAAAAUUGAAUAUCAACCGGCGAUAA